AUGCAACAUGCCCCAGUGGACGUGGAAGCCAACAGAGCUUCCACCACGCCGAAUAUUGCCGCUAAUGCUGACAACUACGUCGAAGAGCAGGACUACCCCGAAGGAGGGUUGGCGGCAUGGCUUGUUGUUGUCGGCGCCUGGUGCGCCAUGAUUCCGCCGAUCGGCUUGCUCAACACGAUUGGCGUACUCCAAGCCUGGGUUGCGGAGCAUCAACUGAAAGAUUAUUCCGAGUCCACGGUCGGAUGGAUUUUCAGCACUUAUGCCUUCUUCCUAUAUAUCUGCGGCGCGCAAGUCGGGUCUGUCUUUGAUCGAUAUGGCAUCAAACCACUUGUCAUUCCGGGUUCCAUAGGAAUGGCUGCGGCGACGAUGUGCAUGAGCGUGAGCAAAGAAUACUAUCAAUUCCUGCUGUCGUUCGGUGUCCUUGGCGGACUGUCAGCCUCGCUCCUCUUCACGCCCAGCAUUUCAACAGUUGGCCACUGGUUCUGCAAGCGCCGCGCCCUCGCCACCGGAAUCGCGUGUACGGCCGGCGGCACUGGUGGCAUCGGCUUCCCUUUCAUCAUACUGUACCUUGCACCACGCGUGGGCUAUCCCUGGGCGAUACGGAUCAUCGGCUUCAUCAACGCAGGCAUGUCCCUCGUCGCCUGCGUCCUCCUCCAAACCCGCAUCCCGCCCAACAAGCGUGCAGGCGCCGCCAUCGACCUGGUGGCCCUGCGUGAACCGCCCUACGCCGCCACGACCGUGGCCGUCUUCCUGAUCGAGUUCGCCAUAUUCAUUCCACUCACCUACGUCCCAUCCUACGCCAUCCACGUUGGUGUCGAGCCGCAGCAUGCAUACCGUCUGAUCGCUCUCCUGAAUGUUGGCUCAGUGCCUGGGCGUGCACUACCAGGAUACCUUGCAGACCGAUUCGGCCGCUUCAACGUAAUGAUCAUAACAUCUCUGGUCUGCUCUGUUUUCAUUUUCGCGCUCUGGCUACCGUCGGGUGCGUCCGAGCCCGCCAUCGCUGCGUUCGCCGUCAUGUUCGGGUUCUGGAGCGGCGCGGCUAUCAGUCUAACGCCGGUCUGCAUUGCACAGGUGUGUAAGAUUGAGGAUUAUGGAAAGAGAAAUGGGACGACGUAUUCGCUCUCAAGUGUUGCGGCGCUGGUGGGGAUUCCGAUUGCCGGUGCGAUUCUGGGUGAUGGUGGAGGAUACUCGGGGCUGAUUGCUUUUGGGGGCGCCAUGUAUGCAGCUUCCAUGCUCGCGUUCGUCGCUGCGAGGAUCAUCUCUGGACCGAAGAGCUUGAGAGCUGUUUUUUGA